AUGUCGGCAGAAGAGCUUCAAAUCACAACCAAAGCCUUGUACGACUUCCACGGAGCUAUGAAGAACCUUGAGACGCAUUUGGAGCUCAACAGACGUGAUAAAGACCGGAUCAAAUCACUCCAACACCUCAAGCCAAUAGUAGCACGAUCAUACGAGUCCUUGCAAGUAAUUGAGGACUACAUGGCUGGUUCCCGGUCGAGAAAGGUUUUUGGUGGUGUCAGGUUUGACAAAAAGCUCAAACUUUCACUCAAGUAUUUGGACGACGCCGGCAAGAUUUUCAAUGUCGCAAUUCUCAUAAAUACUGAAAACAUCCAAUUAGAAGUCGACGCGCAUCUUCGGACAAUUGGUGACGAUGUCAAGGAGGUUCAGCAAGCUCAAAGUAGCAGUUCCCAAAAUGACGCAUAUCUCAGUGUCAGGGCGUGGCUCGGUGCGAAGGCCGCCAGCGAUAGAAACCGCCAGAUUCAUGACAACAACCUAUCAUUACGAUACAAUUGUAGCGGCGAAUGGCUAUUCAGCCAUGCCGCUUUCCAACAUUGGCUUACCACCAAGGAUCAUAGAACGAAGCCGAAGUUCUGGCUUCGAGGCUCGCCUGGGGCUGGCAAGUCGUUGCUUUGCUCUACAGCGAUAGAACAUGUCCGCCAGAAGCAAGACGGAAUAUGCUUGUACUACUUCUACAGCUUUGAUGACAAUUCUGAAGUUGGUGACGGUUCUGAAACUGACCCGGAUAGCAACGUGAAGGUAGUCAAAGUGAAGGCAGUCGCACUUCUUGUCGAUCAGCUAUUCCGGCACAUAUGUCGACAGGACCAAGGAGUGGCCAACUACGUGUAUGACUAUAUCAAAACGGAGGAAAUGACAAUCAAGACACUUGAAGAGGUCGUUAGACUGAUUCUCAGAGACGGAUAUCGAUACGCGCAGGGGACAGGAAACCCCUUGAACACAGAGCCAAUCAUCCUUUACGUCUUCAUCGAUGGAUUGGACGGAGAAAAGCACUCAAGAACAGCUGCUGACAUUUUGAAGUUAUUCGACAGUGCUGGACAAAGUCAUGUGGCUGUGCAAAAGUAUUGGGUCAGCAGUCGAGACACCACCAUGCUGGAUCAACACCUGGAGACAUGCCCAGCCAUUGUUAUAGACAAACACGCGGAAACUGACAUCCAGGACUUCCUGACGCAGAGUGUACGAAAGUUCGACAAGAACGCUGACAGGGGGCAAGAGGUGGUGGGCGAGCCACUGGACGAUUGGGUAUUACGACAAUUGAAGCGGAACUCACAGGGCAACUUUCUUUAUGCAAAGCUCAUGGUGGAAGGGCUCAAGAAGAUGUUCAACAUCGACGACGUAGUGACCUUCAUCAAAUCAGGAGUUCCUAAUGACUUCGAAAACAUCUACAGACGCAUAUUCGGCCAAUAUCAAGAGCAUGAGCAUAAAUACAUCAGCCUACUCUUUUCAUUCAUUGGCUUCGCCAGGCGGCCACUACAUCUGCAUGAACUUGAGGAAGCCAUGACAUUGGCACUAUCAGAUCCUGGCAAGGGCCUUGAUCCUCGAAAGGCCCCCUUCAGUUUGCAACAGUGGUUUGGACCUUUGAUACAAAUUCAGCAUGACCCAAACGGGAUGAGCAAUCCUCUUUGCCGCCUCUGCCACUCUACCGUUCUUGAUUUUCUCCUUGAAAAUCCUGAGGUGCUUCGUGCUGGAACUUCUAGUCAAACCUCCUUUGAUUAUGGUAUCUCUGCUUCAAGAGUAGGAGAUAUCUGCCUACGCUAUCUCUCACUCGAAAGAUACUCGACACCCUUGGAAUUGCCGGUAGAGGAAUGCCAUGCAUCACUAUCUGUCCUGUUUGAUGACGUCAAGAAGCAUGCUUUUUUGACGUAUAGCGCAAAAUAUUGGGAUCGACACAUGGAGGAUUUGGAGCCGACGCAGCAAAGACGAAAAGAGCUGCACGACUUCCUCAGGUCUUCCAACUUUCAGACUUUGCUCCAGGUCCAGAGCCUUUCCGUAUCGGCUCAUUUUACUCAAUUCAGAGUGUUUGGUGGCAGGUCCCCCUCCAGACCUAUGCAUCGAAGAGUGUUUCCGAGCUGGUUUGGAUGGGGACUGAAGGAUGAAGAUCUGGCAUACAUCGAAGAAGCAAUAAUUGUGCGUUUAGACUAUCGACAUUUCGUCAACGAAUGGGGAUACUUGCUGGACCGUGGCAUCUGCGAGAAUGCCAAUUCAGGAGAAUGUCGUUUUGAGCACUUUUUUGGAGAGGUCCACAGGUGUUUGACGGGUCUUCUGGGUCCUACACACUUCAUGGCCGGAAUGAAGGAGAGAUAUGCAAGCUUCAUGCUAACAACCGAGCCAUUCAAGUACCACAUGUCAGAGCAGCUUGUCAUUGCCGAUGCGCUGUCCGCGACAGCAUCUCAGUUCAUGAUUCUGUCCUCGCCCUCAGAGGGCUCAGAUCAAGUUUCUCUGGACAUGUGGGACCUCAAGCAACAAGGUGCUCCUCGUCCUGUUUCGACCAGCAUCGUUUCCCCUGCCGGGAUUGACUUGAAGUCAGAUGCGACGCGGUCUGUUGCGUUUUCCCAUGCUUUCACUCAGUUUUUGUUCGGAAACCGAGACAGGAGUGCCAGACUUAUCUCUGAGCAGCAAGCCGCGAACCCCAGUUAUGAACCUCUUUCAACAGACAUUGACUCGCGUGAUGGAAUAGUAGUCGUUGCAACUCGCAGUGUGCACAAACACACUCGAAAACAAGCGGCGACGAACAAGAGCAUCCCCGAAUCUACAAAGUCGUCGGGGGACUCGGAGUCUGAUUCGUCAGAAAACGAGAGCGAUGAUGAUUCGGACGAUGAAUAUCUCUCUAGCUCCACCGACGACAAUUCAGCCGAUGAAACAUGCAGCGAAGGGUCCACAGAUAUUGAUUCGGAUCAAUCUGAAAGCGAGAAGUCUGAGAGUGACUCGGAAGCUGAUGACCAGUAUUCUGAGUCGUCUGAAGAGGAUGAUGAAGCCAGCGAUGUUGAGUCAGAGAACGAGAACGACACAGCUAAACCCGACGAAUCGAAAAGAACCAGGAUAGUGCUUAAUUACGAGCAACCAGAAGAUAACCAACUGAAACUGGAUGAGGGCCUUCUAAAGAAGAAGGAUGAAAUUCGCCCGACAUAUCCAGGUAUGCCAGGUCACUUCAGGGAUUCGCAGGACCGAAUCACUGCUGGUGUCGUCGUAUAUAAUGUCAGUUCAGGCCAGGCUGUCCGCAUGUUUCGAUACGAGCAUGACGCUCCUGCGAUGCUUUACCACUCGCCCCCGGCGCUACAUCCGACAAAAUCCCUCCUCGUUUGGCCUUUAGGCGGUGGCGAAGUGUUAUUCGCCGAUUAUGAAGAGAGGACGUACUUCACCAGGGCCGCAGUGCCUACGACAAACGAUACGCGGCAUAUCUGUAUGAAGGUCCGUUUCUCGUCUUGCGGAGGACUUCUCCACAUCGCCAGCGUGGAGGGCCGCGUGCCGAGGACAAGAGCUGUGACUACAACAUCCGGAAAUAAGAAGUCGGAGAUCGUGCUGUCUCUGUUCUUGACCACCCACCGGCUCUCAUUGCGUAAGACCACGCGCAGCCCACCAAAGCUGGUUCAUAAGGUAAAGCUCACUCUCGGGCAUUUUACUGGCCUCUCGCUUGCGAAGCUGCCUUUCACCUUCACCUGGACACCUGAGCAUCUUCACUUCACUGUCAGCGGCACACAACUCAAUGUGUUUCGGAUCAAUCUUUUACGCCCUGCUGCUCCCUCCAUCCCCGUGGUUACUGUUCCCAGGCUCCCAAUAAUGCUUCCGAUAUCUGCGUCUGCUAGGCAAGUCUAUUACAUACCUCCAGACGCCGGAGAAGCUGGCGAAGGCUCAGAGGGGCGAGCUAUCAUCUUGAUGGGUAGCUACGGCGCCCGUAAAGAGCCUGUCCAACUGCGGCAUCGGUCAGUGUGGGCCACGCUUCGAGGUAUAGGUCACGUGCCCCACAAGGAACUGCCAGACUAUCCAUGCCCGGCCGUGGGAAUAUUUGUCAAGGAACAAAGUGAUCUGGGCGGCUGGGUCGCUCUAGACACGAGCGCAUACAAAGAUGACGACCUAGGCAUAGCGGCGACAGCUGGCGGUGGACAACGUCUUGGAGACGGAAAGUUGACAAGGAAGAUUGAGGUAUUCAAUUGGCGGGAUGAUAUUGACUUGGAAGGGAUUUGUGAUUGGUGUAAUACGCCGCUGUCAUUCAAGUCUGGAUAUGCGUAA